AUGCAGGAACAGUACAUCUUUAGAGGUCUAAAUAUGGCGGCCUUCGGAGAUUCAUUGGAGUAUUUGACGCCAGAAUUCGAAGCGAUGGACAUGAAUGGAGAUCGCUUAUUGACAGGACGAGAAGUAUUCGAAUUGCUAAUUUAUCAAGGUGUUGAGUUAUCAGAAAAUGAAAUGCUGAAACAAUUACGCCGACUGGGUUCUUCGGUCAACCUGUCUCAGUUUGUCACUUUUAUGCAAAACCUCAACAACAGUACCAGAAACCUUCGCCAGAUAUUCGCGCUUUUUACCAAAGAAGACAUGUUGAGCGCUGAUAAGACUGAUGUUCUGAAAGGCUUGGAAAAAAUGAAUGUCAAGAACGCGGCAGAAGUUGUUUCCACCAUGGACUCCAACAAUAAUCAGAUAACAUACAAAAGUUUUUUGCAAGUAUACUUCCAGGGCAAAAAUGACAUUUAA